CAUACAACGUCACAAUUUCGACUUGGAAACCUCAGUUGGAAACCCGAAACCAAAAGGAAAAAUGGGAGCAUCAUUUGCUAAACUUAAUUGUUGUACAAGAAUACGCAAAAACAAGGUUGGAGUGGUUUCUAGUUCGCUCGAGAUAAUCAAUAGAAUAGAGACACGACCAUCGACAGAAAUAUUGCAGGAGUUACAGAGUGUAGGAAUUAUUUCGGAACGUUCCGGUGGUAUGAGAUUUAUUGUUGAGACAUUAACAGAAAGUGAGAUGACAAAGCCCAGGAGACUUCCGUCUAUCUCUAUUUCUAAUGACUUGCCAAGGAGAUUCAGUGAUAAAUCCAGGGCUAGUACGUCAAAAGAUAUAUAUGAUAAUGAAGAUAAAGAACUUAUGGUCGAGAUUCGACGAAUGGAUGCCUUGGCUGAUAAAGGGAAAAUGGCCAAAGAAUCUGAAAGAAGAAGGCAGGCAGCAAAAGAAAGAAGGGAUAAUAGACUUAAGCAAAAAAUAAGAAAAACAGAAAAGAAAUUAAAGAGAGGAAAUAGAGGAGAGGAAGGAAACCAAGGAGCUACCUAUCAGCCCAAAAAAGAAAACAGAAGAAGACCUACCAAAGAGCCAAGACCAAGCAAACCUAACGUUUCCGGCUUACCAGAAGUAUCCGUAUAAACUAGUCUUGACGAUAUCAAAUAAUUUAAAUUUCAAUGAAUAAAUAUUUUUUAAUUUGAA